GAGCUUCGAAGUCCGAAAAUCCAUAGCCUUCGUUUUUUCAAGGGAAAAGUACUGAUCUGUAACCAUGUAGUCUAUACUUUAUUCAACACUUUUGUUUUCACUAUAAUAAUAAUAAAAAAAAAAAAGUAGAGAAGUUGACAGGUGUUGAGGGGGCAUUUGUAAGAAAGGAAGAACUUUGGGGUCUAGGAUUGGUAAUUGAGGUCUCGUAAAACGUAUAGCUGGCAAGCGCUGGCUGUCCAGGUCCAGCUUCCCAUCCUUUUCUACUCUCUCUCUCCAAGCGAGCCUUGGUUUGAGGGGCCAACGUAACGCUAGUCUGAAAACAAGGUCUUAAAUAGUUGCUGAAGAAAGUUGAAGAAACAAGAACAAGAGAAAGCAAGGGGGAGAAAAAAAGAUGAGUGCUUCGAGGUUUAUAAAGUGUGUCACAGUCGGCGACGGUGCUGUUGGCAAGACUUGUAUGCUCAUCUCCUACACCAGCAACACUUUCCCUACGGAUUAUGUCCCAACUGUCUUUGACAAUUUCAGUGCAAAUGUGGUUGUGGAUGGGAACACUGUAAAUUUAGGCCUGUGGGAUACUGCUGGCCAGGAAGAUUAUAAUAGGUUAAGACCUUUGAGCUAUCGUGGGGCAGAUGUCUUCCUUCUCGCAUUCUCUCUCAUAAGCAAGGCCAGUUAUGAAAAUGUUGCAAAGAAAUGGAUUCCUGAAUUGAGGCAUUAUGCACCUGGUAUUCCAAUUGUACUUGUUGGAACAAAACUUGAUCUUCGAGAUGAUAAGCAUUUCUUUAUAGACCACCCUGGUGCAGUGCCCAUAACCACAGCCCAGGGGGAGGAGCUGAGAAAGCUGAUUGGGGCUCCAGUCUACAUCGAAUGUAGUUCAAAAACACAGCAGAAUGUCAAAGCUGUUUUUGAUGCGGCCAUAAAGGUGGUUCUCCAGCCACCAAAGCAGAAGAAAAAGAAGAAGAGAAGUGGGCAUAGGGCCUGCUCCAUAUUGUGAUUGUGAAAAAGAAUCAUUCCUGGAGGAUAUUGUCACCGGUUCGCAUAUAUGCCUUCAGAGUCUUACAGGCACCACAUAUCUCACAAUUUCACACCUGGAGGAACCAGCAAUCCGCGAUUUAGUCUCAACUGACAAGAACUAGGAGCUUUUUCUGAGCAUCAAAGUUGUCUUUGUCACUUUAUUGCCUGUGCCGAUUUGUAUAUUAAUGAUUCACACUGCUUGGUAUUUAGCUUAUGCAUCUAAAACCAAACUGUUCCUCGUGUAGACAUGUCGAUGCUUAUGUUUUUUAACCUGAUUUAAUGCAUUUUAAGAAGCUCUUUUAUACGUA